AUGACUUCAGCGGUCCUGGUGGACAUACGAGAUGAAGUGACCUGCCCCAUCUGCCUGGAGCUCCUGACAGAACCCGUGAGCAUAGACUGUGGCCACAGCUUCUGCCAAGCUUGCAUCAUGGGAAAUAGCACGGAGUUGGUGAUGGGCCAAGACGGGGAAAGCAGCUGUCCUGUAUGUCAGACCAGCUACCAGCCCGGGGACCUGCGGCCUAAUCGGCACCUGGCCAACAUAGCGGAGAGGCUCAGAGAGGUGGUACUAGGCCCUGGGAUGCAGCUGAAAGUGACUCUCUGUGCACACCAUGGGGAAAAGCUCCAGCUCUUCUGUAAGGAGGAUGGGAAGCUUAUAUGCUGGCUUUGUGAGCGGUCUCAGGAGCACCGUGGUCACCACACGGUCCUUAUGGAGGAGGUUGCCCACGAGUAUCAGGAGAAGUUCCAGGAGUCUCUGGGGAAGCUGAGGCAAGAGCAACAGGAAGCUGAGAGACUAACAGCUGUUAUCAUAGGGAAGAGGACAUCAUGGAAGAAUCAGAUGGAACCUGAGAGACACAGGAUCCAGACAGAAUUUAAUAAGUUGAGAAGCAUCCUGGACAAAGAGGAGCAGCGACAAUUGAAAAAGCUGGAGGAGGAAGAGAGGAAGGGCCUGAGUAUUUUAGAAGAGGCUGAGAAUGAGCUGGUCCAGCAGAGCGAAACACUGAGGGAGCUCAUUUCUGAUCUGGAGCUUCGGUGUCAGGGGUCAGCAAUGGAGCUGCUGCAGGAUGUGAGUGAUGUCAUGAAAAGAAGUGAGUUCUGGACCCUAAAGAAGCCAGAAGCUCUCCCUACCAAGCUGAAGAGUAUGUUUCGAGUUCCAGAUCUCAAAAAGAUGCUGCGAGUGUUUAGAGAACUGACGGAUGUCCAGAGCUACUGGGUGGACGUGACUCUGAAUCCACACACGGCUAACUUAAAUCUCGUCAUGUCUAAAAACCGAAGACAGGUGAGAUUUGUGGGUGCCAAGCUAUCUGCGUCUUACCUGGAAGAGCAUUAUGACUGUGGUAUCCUGGGCUCUCAGCACUUCUCCUCUGGGAAACAUUACUGGGAGGUAGAUGUGGCCAAGAAGACUGACUGGAUCCUGGGGGUGUGCAGUAAUUCAGUGGGACCAACGUACUGUUUCAGCCAGUUUACGAACAAUCGAAAUGUCUACUCCAGAUAUCAACCUCAGAGUGGAUACUGGGUGAUUGGGCUCCAUCAUAAACAUGAAUAUAGAGCCUAUGAGGAAUCUUCUACUUCCCUGCUCCUCUCCAUGAUGGUACCCCCUCGCCGUGUUGGGGUUUUCUUAGACUACGAGGCCGGCACUGUUUCCUUUUAUAAUGUCACAAACCAUGGCUUUCCCAUCUAUACUUUCUCUAAAUAUUACUUUCCUACCACCCUUUCUCCAUAUUUCAAUCCUUGCAACUGUGUAGUCCCAAUGACCCUGCGUCGCCCAAGCUCUUGA